CUCUCCUCCAUCUUCUUCAACUGUAACCUCUCUUCCAUUAUCAGUGUCAAGUUGUUGAAGUUUUGGUCAUGGUCAUGGUGUAAUUUGUUGUUAGUAUUUUGAAGUAUUUGUGUUUUUGAUUUGGUUUUGGUUUUAAUGGAGGAACGGAACUCAACGAGAUUGAGUAGCUCAACAAACGAUACAGUAUGGGAGUGUGUGAUUCCGUAUAUACAGGAAUCGCGUGAUAGAGACGCGGUAUCGUUGGUAUGUAAGAGGUGGUGGCAGAUCGAUGCGAUUACUAGAAAGCAUAUAACUAUGGCGUUGUGUUAUACAGCGAAACCAGAGCAGUUAUCUAGAAGGUUUCCACAUCUUGAAUCGGUUAAACUGAAAGGGAAACCAAGAGCUGCUAUGUUUAAUUUGAUACCGGAAGAUUGGGGAGGAUAUGUUACACCUUGGGUUAUGGAGAUAACUAAGUCGUUUAGUAAAUUGAAAGCACUUCAUUUUCGUAGAAUGAUUGUUAGAGAUUCGGAUCUCGAAUUACUUGCGAAUCGUCGUGGAAGAGUUCUUCAAGUUUUGAAGCUGGAUAAGUGUUCUGGAUUUUCUACUGAUGGUCUUCUGCAUAUUUCUCGUUCCUGCAAGAACUUAAGAACUUUGUUAAUGGAAGAGAGUUAUAUAAUUGAGAAAGAUGGAGAAUGGGCACAUGAACUAGCAUUGAACAACACUGUUCUUGAGAAUUUGAACUUUUACAUGACAGAUCUUCUGCAAGUUAGGGCUGAAGAUCUUGAAUUGAUAGCAAGAAAUUGUAAAUCUCUAGUCUCUAUGAAAAUUAGCGAGUGUGAAAUUACGAAUCUUCUUGGCUUCUUUAGAGCUGCGGCUGCAUUGGAGGAGUUUGGUGGUGGCGCAUUUAAUGACCAACCAGAACUUGUUGUUGAAAAUGGCUAUAAUGAGCAUUCCGGAAAAUAUGCCGCACUAGUCUUCCCUCCAAGAUUAUGUCAAUUGGGCUUGACAUACUUAGGGAGAAAUGAGAUGUCCAUUCUCUUUCCUAUUGCGUCUCGUCUGAGGAAAUUGGAUCUUCUUUAUGCACUUCUUGACACAGCAGCCCACUGUUUCUUACUGCAAAGGUGUCCCAACUUGGAAAUUCUUGAGACUAGGAAUGUUGUUGGGGAUAGAGGAUUGGAAGUGCUUGGCCAGUACUGUAAGAGGUUAAAGCGGCUCAGGAUUGAGAGAGGAGCUGAUGAUCAGGAGAUGGAGGAUGAAGAAGGUGCGGUUACACACAGAGGAUUGAUUGAUUUGGCAAAGGGAUGUCUUGAACUAGAAUACAUGGCUGUUUAUGUGUCAGAUAUUACUAAUGAAGCUUUGGAAGUUAUUGGUACAUAUCUGAAAAAUCUGAGUGAUUUUCGGCUGGUUUUGCUUGACAGAGAAGAAAGAAUAACAGAUCUGCCACUUGAUAAUGGUGUGCGUGCUUUACUAAGAGGUUGCCAUAAUCUUAGAAGAUUUGCCCUCUAUGUCCGGCCUGGGGGCCUUACUGAUGUAGGUCUCAGUUAUGUCGGGCAAUACAGCCCAAACGUGAGAUGGAUGCUUCUGGGAUACGUUGGGGAAUCCGAUCAUGGCCUUCUGGAGUUCUCUAAAGGAUGUCCGAGCCUGCAAAAGCUAGAAGUGAGAGGCUGCUGUUUCAGUGAACGUGCAUUAGCCUUGGCUACCUUGCAGCUAAAAUCGUUAAGGUAUCUAUGGGUACAAGGAUACAGGGCAUCUUCAGCUGGUCGUGAUCUCUUAGCGAUGGCUCGCCCAUUCUGGAAUAUUGAAUUGAUUCCUGCAAGACGAGUUAUUGCCAACGAUGGAAAUAAUGCAGAAACUGUAGUCUCGGAGCAUCCAGCCCAUAUACUUGCCUACUAUUCUCUUGCCGGACAAAGAACAGAUUUUCCAGACACUGUCAAGCCUUUGGACCCAACUUACCUUCUCGCUGAAUAGGUUUGUAAAUAUAACUUUUCCUUGAGUGAAGUUGUUCGAGGUCUAUUUGCUUCCUUUUUAGGUGUCUUGUCCAUAUGUAUGCC